GCCAAAGGGACACACUUUGCAGGAAAAAAAAAUGUGUAUAAGAGAAGUAGUUGUGAAACUGAUAAACUGCCUUGCUCUCGCAUUAGAGACUAGUCAAUCCAAACCCUUGCUCUCUAACCUUAUAUCCCCACAGCCCCUUUCGUUUUCCUUCAUUCAAGAAAACCCAAAAACUUCUUUUGUGAUCACAUAAGCAAAAAAAAAGAAAACACAAGGAGAAAAGAAUGGAAUCAGUUGUUUCUGAGCUGGAAGGGGUUCUUCUGAAAGACCCAGACCCUUUCUGUUACUUCAUGUUGGUGGCGUUUGAGGCGUCCGGGUUAAUCCGGUUCGCUUUGUUGCUGUUGUUUUGGCCAGUGAUUCGGUUGCUGGACAUGUUAGGAUUGGAUGAUGCAGGGUUGAAGUUGAUGACCUUUGUCGCUACGGCGGGGCUUCGAGAGGCGGAGAUUGAAUCAGUGUCGAGAGCUGUUUUGCCAAAGUUUUACAUGGAUGAUGUCGACAUGGAGGCUUGGAAAGUGUUUAGCUCGUAUGAUAAAAGAGUUGUGGUGACUAAGACGCCUAGGAUUAUGGUGGCGAGGUUCGUCAAGGAGCAUCUACGAGCUGAUGAGGUCCUUGGAAGUGAACUUGUGGUAAACCGGUUUGGGUUUGCUACUGGUUUCGUUAAGGGUGAUAUCGCUUCUAUUUCGAGUAGAGUUGCCAAGUUGUUUGUCGACGAAGAGCCUACUUUGGGGCUUGGAAGAGCUCCGUCAAGCUUUCAGUUCUUGUCUCUAUGCAAAAAGCAAAUGCACCCACCAUUGAUGACCAACCAAAACCUCCACGACCACCAGCUGCUCCGCCCCCUCCCAGUGAUUUUCCACGACGGCCGCCUCGUGAAGCGACCGACCCCUUCAACCGCUCUCCUAAUCCUUCUGUGGAUGCCAUUAGGCAUCUUACUAGCAACCAUCCGUAUCGUCGUCGGCCUAAUCCUUCCAAUGCGAGUUAUCCCCUACAUGUCCCGUUUAUUUGGUGGUAAGAUCAUCGUCAAAGGCAAACAACCGCCACCUGUUUCCGGUAGCAGCUCCGGGGUCUUAUUCGUUUGCACACAUAGAACCCUGAUGGACCCCGUGGUGUUAUCCGCCGUGCUCAUGCGCAGAAUCCCAGCAGUCACAUACUCCAUUUCGAGAUUAUCCGAGAUCCUGUCACCAAUCCCGACGGUGAGACUAACAAGAAUCCGGGAAGUCGAUGCCGAGAAAAUCAAGCGUGAACUAGCCAAAGGUGACCUAGUGGUUUGCCCCGAAGGAACAACUUGUAGGGAACCAUUUUUAUUAAGGUUUAGUGCCCUCUUUGCUGAAUUGACAGACCGAAUCGUCCCGGUUGCCAUGAACUACAGGGUAGGGUUUUUCCAUGCAACCACAGCUAGAGGCUGGAAAGGCCUGGACCCAAUCUUCUUCUUCAUGAACCCUAGACCCGUUUACGAGGUGACGUUCCUGAACCAACUGCCGGCGGAAGCCACGUGUUCGUCGGGAAAAAGCCCGCACGACGUGGCGAACUACGUGCAAAGAAUCCUGGCCGCUACGUUAGGGUUUGAGUGCACGAACUUUACUAGGAAAGACAAGUACAGGGUAUUGGCUGGGAAUGAUGGAACAGUUUCAUGCACUUCUUUUGUUGAUCAGGUUAAGAAGGUGGUGAGCACUUUUAAGCCUUUUUUUCAAUGAAAUUAUCAAGAACAAAAAAAU